UCCUCCUCUUCUUCUCCACUAGUAUUCAUUUGCAUAGCUGAUAUAAUGCCCCCUCAGCAAGAAACCAGUACUAUUCCCGGCAGCAAUAAUCCUGCUAACACAAUCCCUUCCAGUUCCUCUAGUAAUGUCAGCCCAUGCUCGGAAGAUCCAGCCCACAAACAACAGGCCGCAAGAUUCUCCAUUCUUGGUGAAUCCUUACACCCUGUGACUCUCAAGUUUGAAGAUGUCACGUAUAGUGUCAAUUUGGCACCCGGGAAAGGCGGGUGCUUCGCUUCGCAAGAGCCAAAACCGACCCGCACAAUACUAAAUGGGGUCAGUGGAAUUGUACUACCCGGUGAGCUACUAGCGAUGCUGGGCCCAUCCGGUAGUGGAAAGACUACUCUCCUAACUGCAAUCGCGAGUCGGCUACCCGGAAAGGUAUCGGGUCGGAUAACGUAUAAUGGACAACCGUUUUCCAGCUCCAUGAAGCGGAAAACGGGUUUUGUGACCCAAGAUGACGUGUUAUAUCCCCAUCUGACAGUGCUAGAGACGCUAACUUACGCCGCCUUUUUACGACUCCCGAAGGAACUCAGUAGAGAAGAAAAAAUUCAGCAAGCUGAGUCGAUCAUUAUGCAACUCGGCCUAACACGGUGUCGUAAUAGUGUGGUUGGUGGGCCCCUGCUUCGUGGAAUCUCGGGCGGGGAACGUAAACGGGUUAGUGUUGGGCAGGAGAUGCUGGUGAACCCGAGUUUGCUGUUGCUCGACGAGCCCACUUCUGGGCUGGACUCCACCACAGCCCAACGCAUUGUGGCCACUCUGAGAGGCCUUGUAAGGGGAGGUAGGACGGUGGUCGUUACGAUCCAUCAACCUUCGAGUAGGUUAUAUAGGAUGUUUGACAAGGUGGUUUUGCUAACGGACGGGUGCCCCAUUUAUAGCGGUUAUGCGGGACAGGUCAUGGACUAUUUCUGCUCCAUUGGGUUCGAACCCGGGUUCAAUUUCAUGAACCCUGCUGAUUUUCUGCUUGAUCUAGCUAAUGGCAUAGCACCAGACAAACAGGAUGACCAACUAGAUUUAACUGCUAAUGGCAGAUCAGAUCAUCAUGAUGAUCAAAAUUUAAUCAAACAGUCAUUGGUAUCAUCUUACAAGAAGAAUCUCUAUCCUCUAUUGAAGGCUGAGAUUCAAAGAACUUCUCAGGAUCCAAUUCAUUCCAAGUCAGGAACAUCAUCAGUAAGAUUCAGGGAGAAUCAAUGGACUAGCAGCUGGUGGUUGCAGUUCAAGGUGCUGCUGAGAAGGGGUUUACGAGAGAGGAAACAUGAAUCCUAUUCGGGUCUCCGAAUUUUUCAAGUGUUGUCUGUUUCAAUCCUGUCAGGCCUUCUAUGGUGGCAUUCUGAUACCUCCCACAUUCAAGAUCAGGUUGGACUUGUUUUCUUUUUCUCAAUCUUUUGGGGCUUCUAUCCAAUGUUCAACGCCAUAUUUGCGUUCCCUCAAGAACGCCCGAUGCUAAUAAAAGAACGUUCCUCGGGCAUGUAUCGUCUAUCCUCAUACUACUUUGCCAGAACUGCCGGUGACUUACCGAUGGAGCUCGUUCUUCCAACAGUCUUUGUUACAAUCUCCUACUGGAUGGGUGGUCUCAAGCCUUCAUUAGUCACAUUUAUACUAACCCUCUUAAUCGUUCUUUUCAAUGUGCUAGUCUCUCAAGGGCUUGGCCUGGCACUAGGGGCAAUUCUGAUGGAAGCAAAGCAGGCGACGGCAUUAGCAUCUGUGACAAUGCUUGUGUUCUUACUCGCCGGAGGAUACUACAUCCAACACAUUCCACCCUUCAUAUCUUGGUUGAAGUACAUCUCAUUUAGUCACUAUUGCUAUAAGCUUCUGAUUGGAGUACAGUACUCAGCAGAUGAGGUUUAUGAUUGUGGACUGAGGAUGCAUUGCAGAGUAAUGGAUUUUCCAGCAAUCAAGUAUCUGGGUCUUGAUGGUAAAUGGAUGGAUGUGUUUGCUCUGUUGAUUAUGUUGGUGGGAUAUAGACUUUUGGCUUAUGUAGCUCUAAUAAGAUUGGGGAAACAUCACUGAUUGAAUUCUAUUAAUCCCACAUGUAAAUGUGAUUCAAGAGGGUGUAGGUUGGUUGGCUCAUGUAGCCAAAUAGAAGCAAAUUUUACCAGACCGGAUUUUCGUAAAACCAACUUCUGUUACAUUUAAGAGGUGUAAUUCAUAUCAGCUGAAGAGUUCGGAUCAAUUGAACUAGUAAAAAAUACUUGCAUCCCAGACAUUCUAGUAGAAGAAAAUCAAAGACAACACCAUAAAUGCACCAGUCCAUCACUUUUCUCCGGCCCCGUCGUUCUUUCAAGGAUCACAACAAGUAAUCCAUUGAAGACUUUUAAGUGUCUGAAGAUAAAUCGAAGCAACUCCACAAUGUAGCAGUAGUUGAAUUGUGUGGCCACCAAUGAUUGUUAGGUUAUGUGACUAUAAAUAUGAUGGUUGAUUUGUGUGGUUAUUUUGUGGUGGUUGAAU